AUGACGGAUAUUCGUAUUAAAAUGGAUAUCAACAAUACUGCUGAUGAUAUUCAUGCAACAGUAAUUAAUAAAAAACCUAUUACGAUAAUAUCACAAGAUCAACAGUAUCGUUAUAAUGGAUAUGCUGGACAUAUUACACUUGAUCUUACUGAUAAUGAUUCGAGUAAAGUAACAAAUGUUAAAUUUACUCAGAUGCCUCAAAUAUUUCAAAGAAAUAGCAAAAUUUCGAAUUUUUUAAUUAAUCAUAGAAAUGAAUUAUAUUCUGAAACAUAUGUGGAUCAAUCAAGGGAAGGAUUUUUUCGUAGUAAUACGGAAAUUUUUAAUCAAAUUUUAAAAAUUAGAAAAGAUAUUGAUAGUUUAAGAAGGUAUAUUGGAAAGGUUAAUGAAUUUCUCCAACAUAUAAAUGCUAACCUUUCUGAAUAUAACACCAAUAUUAUUCAAUUAUUUGAUAAGACGACAUUUGUAGACAAUUCCAAAGGUGAUAAUUUUCGAUUUCAUCAAAUUACUGAUAAUUUUUUGCCUAAAGGCAAUAUUUAUACUGGAACAACUAAGCCAACCUAUAUUGCUUUCCCACGAGCAGUAAGUAUUAUAAAUCCAAUAUUAAUGUCACAUUUGCAAGCUAAUGCUGCGACAUCUGUACUAGCGAAAGGAACGGAAUUGAGAAGUAAUGUGGAUGAUGUAGAUGAUGGUGAUAUAACAAAUUCAACAAGGUUUCCGGAAAAACAUUCCGUUGAAUCGGAUCAAAGAAUAUCAUUGAAUGGGAAACGUUUCGUAGAAUCUAUCCAAAAUGGACAGUUAUAUUCACUGAUAAAAAAUGGAAUUAAAGGAAAUCAAAAUCAAUUUGUAGCAAAUGAUUCAAAUGAUAGAAUAAAGAUGAGGAUCAUUGAAGGAUUCAAUCGGAAAACCGAUGAGAUUUAUCAAAAAUCGGCAAUCAAUGAUAAUCAUAGAAUUAAAAAUGAAACAUUUAUGAACAAAAACACGAAUAAUGAAAAAGUAUUACCAAAUAUUACUGUAACUGAGGCAUAUCAACCAUUCUCGAUAAGACGAUAUUCGGCUCGUUCAAAGACCAAUUUUGAUAAACAAAUUAAUAAAUUAAUUAAUUUUAAUACAUUAAAAUCAUUGACAACAACUCAUCAGUUGCUUAAUCCUAUACCGAUCACAUCUAUAUCAGAUGACACAUUUCAGCAUUCCACCACCCUAUCAUCAUCACAUUUAUCACCUUCAACAGGAAAUGAUUCACAAUUUGAGUUUGGUAAUAAUUCAUAUGCUGUAAUAUUGAGUUUUGCAUCUCCAACAGUUGCAAAAACUUCAGGUCAAGCUACCACAACUCAAACACCACUUUUAUUGACACGAAAUACAGUUAGCAAUAUUGUUGUUACAAUUAUUACUGAUACUGUUUCAACUAGUACUACUACCACUACUACUACUAAUACUACUACUAUUCUUAGUGCUACUAGCACUUCUGCUAUUACUACUCUUACUACUUCUACUACUACUAAUACUACUACUACUACUACUACCAAUACUACUACUACUACUACUGCUACUAGUACUACUACUGCUACCAAUACUAUUACUACUACUACUAUUGCCACUACUACUACUACUGCUACUAGUACUACUACUGCUACUACUCUUAAUGCUAUUAACACUACUAGUACCACUAUUUCUACUACUGUAACUUCUCCAACAUCGGAAACUAUCGGGCCAACUUUAGGCUUUGAUAAGAUUACGCGACGUAAUUUAGAUACGAUGCCACCAUUGAUUCCAUUGAAGCCGAAUUUUUUUGGCAGUAAUUUUGACGGUAUAUUUGUGCCAUGGUUUAAUGAUCCUCAACUUACAUUAUGGCCUGAGAGAUUGUUUGGAAGAAGAAAGUGA